GUUUGUUGGUAAUUGGUAUGUUGUGAGGAGUGAGGACUGAGGAGUUAGGACUACUGAAGCCUGAAACACUAACAAGCAACUACACGCUUAUUACCUUGUCCAGACAUUAAAAAAGACAGAACUUUUAAUUAUUAUUCUCCGGAAUGGCAGCUAACCUUCGAAAAAAAUUAAAGAAAGCUGUACCUGCAGUUAAAUACGUAGAUAUGGAGUACAGUGAAGAGUCUAUGGACCAAGAUGAACAGGAAAAUAAGGAGAAACAUCUUUUAUCACCUCUACAUAUAACAAAAAAUAAAAGCAUAAACCCCUAUGAAGAAGAAACGAGUGAAUAUGAGAAAAAGAGGUUGCAAAUUAUCGCAGAGAAUGAAGCAAAAAUGAGCGAACUGGGUUUAAAAACGCAAAAGGCACAAUUGAAGCCAAAACCGAAACCUAAAAAUGGAAAUAAAAAAAGAAAAGUGAUUGCAAGAUGGAGUAUUGGGUUUACUGAUGUGCCAAGGAGAGAACCUUCUAAGCGUUUGAGGAAUAAACUGGAACAUAAAGUAUUUGAAGAAGACGAAAACCCCCCACCUGUUAUAACACCAUCAGAAACUCAUGUAGAAACUGAUAAUAGGAUUAUUGACACAGUAGACCUCGAGGUUGAAUCGAGGGAGUUCUUUUCAAACUUGCAUAGUACUGUACCAUAUCAGAGUGAUGUCGAUAUUGCAAAAUGUGAUAAAGACACCUUUCAAACCCAAAUACUGAGCUUAAGAAUGUUUGAUGAUUUGAAAAAAGUCGUGGAUCAGAGAAUAUAUUCUUUAUUUAUUUAUCCUUGCACAUCAAAAUGCCUUGUCUUAGCAGGAAGUAGAAGUGGUUCUUUAGGAGUUUGGGAUGUUAUGUCAAGUGAUGAGGACAACGUCCUAAAAUUUGACUACCAGACAGGACCUAUAAAUUGUAUUUCUUCGAAUAAUAAUUACUUGGGUAAAAUCUAUACCACUAGCCACGACGGUACAAUUAAGUGUAUUGACUUAGAUUCAGGGAAAGUUGAGAAUCUCUAUGCUACUUCAUAUUCAGAGAAAAUCAACCAUCUCACUUGGCAUGAUGUUAUGGAUUCUCACACAUUAUUAUUUUCGCACGGUAAUGGUAGUGUUGGAAUCCUGGAUAUGAGGGAAAACAAACAACCUACAUGGGCCAAAUGCUACAAUAAAUCCUGUAGGACAGUUCAAUCACAUCCUUGCGAUAAAAACUAUUUUCUCACAUCCUCAGGCCUUGGGUAUGCCAGUAUUUUUGAUAUCAGGAAAAUAAAUAAAAAUAAUCCCAUCUCUGAAAUGGAACAUCACAAAGGAUUGAGUAGCGCUUUUUUUUCACAUGUCGGAAACAGCAUCCUAACAACUUGUAAUGACGACACUGUUAAAAUAUUUGACACGUCAAAGUUUGCUUUAAAGCCUAAAGCUAUUACUUCUGUUGUCCAUAACAACCAUACGGGUCAGUGGCUGUCUGUUUUUAAAGCAAAUUGGUAUCCUCAGAGGGAUGAUGCUUUCAUUAUUGGAAGUCUUUUAUCACCUAGAAGGUUACAAGUAUAUGGGAGUGAUGGGAAAAUAAUUGCCGAGUUAAAAGAUGAUUCCAUGACAACGAUUUCUCCUGUAAUAGCAAUUCACCCUACCCUUACUAUAAUCGCUGGUGGAAACAACUCAGGACGAGUUCACCUCUUCUGGCCGCCAGAAAUGGCCAAAAUGUUUGAACAAAAUGUCUAAAAUUCUACCGACAAAAUCUACAUUUCAAAAACCUAUGAAAUAAUAAAUAUACCAUACACCGGCUCUACUGAAA